AUGUAAAUUGAUUUAUAAUAGCGUUAUAGUAACUUAGAAAAGUUACUUUCUUCAGAUUUAACUUGCUCUAAUUCUCUUUAAUUAGUUUUGAGAAAAAGUGAUAUUUCUGAAAAUUAAGUAAAACAUAUAGCCUAAAAAAUCUCAAAAUUAGUAGAUAUCAGAAGCUUGAAGAUAGAUUUAUCUGAAAAUAUUCUUUUAGAGGAAGCAACUAAAAGUCUAUCUAAAGCAAUAGGAUAAUGCAUAAACCUAUAAGAACUAGAACUUAUCUUUUUCUCAAGCGGAAUUGGAUAAGAAGGAUUAAAAAGCAUAGGAUUAAAUUUAAGUAAUUGUUCAAAGUUAAUUAGCUUAAAACUUGAUUUAAUAAAAAAUUCAAUUUAUGAUUAAGGAGUGAUAGAGUUGGUAAAUGGUCUAAGAAGCUGUUAAAGUUUAACUAAUCUAUCUAUAGAUCUAUAUAUGAAUCAUGUUAGCAGUUUAGGUCUUUUAGAAAUUUUAAAAUUUUUAGGUUCUCAUAAGAAAAUUGAAAUAUUUACUUUAAAUUUACAUUAUAAUAACUUAGGAGAUGAAGAAAAAGCUAAUUAAUUUGUUUAAACUGGUGAAUCAAUGUGCUGUUCAAACCUUAAAACAAUGAAUCUUUAUUUAAGUCGAAGCUAUUUUGGAAUAAUUGCCAUAGCUUAUAUAGCUUCAUUUAUAGGAAGCUAAAUAAAUUUAACGAAUCUUCAUUUUGAAAUAAUAGGUAGCAAAAUAUUAGAUUAACACAAACUUAUUCUUGCUAAAAGUUUAAAAAAUUGCUAAAAACUAGUAUAUCUCUAUUUGGAUCUAUCGCCAUCUUGGUACUCACAUUAAUCUUUUGAAGGGGAAAAAUUAUUCAAAUUAGUUAAUAAAAUGAAGAGAUUGGUUUAGAAAAAAGUAGUUUUUUGA